UCACACGCUGUCUCUAUCUCUCACACGCGAUACAACACAGAGAGUCUUUAAUUUCACUUGAUCAUUCAUUAUGCCAUAUAUGAUUACAAACUUAAUAAUAAUAAUUAUACGCUUCAAUAUUCAACGGGAUAAGAAUUUCAAAGAUCGAUAAUUUUGAUUAAAACUCACGCCGACAAAAGAAAACAACAAACACAUCAUCACAUAUGUCAACAUAAUCUCUAGUCCAGUCACUCUGAUUGAGAUAGAUGUGCGUAUGGCAUGAAAAGUCAACAACACAUGAAAGAUUAACUACUACUCCGGAUUGACUACUCUUCAACGUCACAUGAAUACAUUUUAAAAUAAGAUCCCCAAAAAUCCCCUUGGAUUAUUUAUAUUACUAUUUUUUUUCUUCUGAUUUUUGAUUGCUUUUGAUUAUUGCACGGGAGAAAAAGCGUGGGGGGAUAAAUUAUGGGUUGUGUACACACAAAAUCACUUUUGGAUAAAUCAACAAUUAAUGAUGAUGAGACUGAUAAACCGGAAGUUUUACUGAAUAUUGUAUUAAUUUUCCCUCGAAGUGAUAAACAAACUCAACUGAUGAUUGAAGCCGCGCAACAAUUAAAACACAAUUGUACAUUGAUCAAUACAUGCGUGGAGAAUGCAUCAUCAAAGGAUGUUGAAAAGAAUUUCAUUGAGAAAUUAGUUGAAUUACAACAACCUAUCGAUUUAGUGGUUUUGGAUACACGAAAAUUGAAAUAUAAUCGUUCGCUAAGUAUACCAGGAGUGAAACCAUCGAGUCUUAUAGAAAAUAACAAGAACAAUAAUAAUAAUAACAAUAAUGGUAAUAUUACUAGUCAAUCAUUGGUUAACUGGUGUAAACUGCUUCGAAGUCAUUCUCUAACAAAAGAUUCAGUAAUUAUGGGGUUAAUUCAUCGACAAUGUUCUCUAGAUCAGAAAAGAAUCCUCACGAAUAAAAUCCUCAGAUCUGGCUGUAAUAAGUGCAUUUCUGAAUCAUUAACUAUAGACGACUUCUAUCAAGAAUUGAAAAAUUUUGCCAAUAAUGAAUGGCGAUUAUUAAGUCAACUGAGAAAUUUCACUAACAAUAGUAAUAAUAAUAAUAAUAUUACUAUCACAAGUUCUAUCAAUACUCCUAUCCUUACAACAAUCACCACUACUGAGAGUUUAGGUGAUUUAGAUGUCACUUCGAAUCGAAUACAGUCAAGGACAGAAAUGGAUGAGAUUCUCCAACAAAGUACAAAAGUAUCCAAGAGUAAUCAGAAGAGCAGACAGCCGACGAUCAAAGAGUCAUCUACAGAGAAUGAAACACAUUCAGUUGAUGAAUUAACAGCCACAGUAAUCGAUUCAGUUACUAUUCUCCAUGAACAGGGAAAAAAGUUAAAAGAGUUUGUAUCCUCUCGACGAAAUAGAAAUGCAGAUGCUGUUAAUAUGAGUAAUAUCAAUGCCCUACUCCACUCAAGAUGUCCGGACUUUUCAUCCCCAAUGUGUAAAGUAAUCGCUAUAUUGAAUUCUGCUCGUACUCGAAGUCCACUACCCGUGGCAAAAGAUUUACAGAAAGCAAUUAAUCUGAUCUGCAGUUCAGAUGUAUUUGUUGAUCAAAUAAUGAAACCAUUGAGUCGAACAAAUGAUCCAAUAACAGCGGAUUUAAUUGAAGGAUUGAUAACAGCAUCAAAUCUGUCUAAGGAACCAGAGGAUCAACUUAAACUUCGAUCGUUGGCGCAUUCAUUAAAAGGAUCAGACAGUGUUCUAUCCCCUGCUGCAACUCUGCAGACCAAUGCAGAGAUUGAGGCCUGCCUGUCUAACUUUGAUAAAUGGGAUUUUAAUAUAUUUGACCUUGAACGUGUAACCAAUAAGAAACCGUUGACAUAUUUAGGCAUGAAGAUAUUGAAUAAUUUUAAUGCUCUCAGUGUACUGCGUAUACCUAGUCAAGUGCUGAUUGGUUGGUUGACAGUUAUUGAAGAACACUAUCAUGUGGAAAAUCCAUAUCAUAAUGCAACGCAUGCUGGUGAUGUUCUACAAGCCUCAGCCUACUUUUUACAACACAGUUUAAUAAGGUCAAUAUACACAAAUACUGAUGAAGUGGCAACACUUCUAGCCGCCAUUGUACAUGAUGUCGAUCAUCCGGGGAGAACUAAUCCAUUUCUUGUGAAUAAUAAUGAUCCAUUGGCAAUUCUAUAUAAUGAUAUCGCUGUCUUGGAAAGUCAUCAUGUGGCGUUGUCAUUUGAGUUAACCCUGAGGUCACCGGAAAUCAAUAUUUUCCAAAAUCUUACUCGAGAAGAGUAUCGUACAAUGCGUAGCUACAUAGUCGAUAUGGUUUUAGCUACUGAAAUGGUACGACACUUUGAUAUUGUUACAAAAUUUGUCAACACUCUGAGUAAACCUAUGCUGACAAAGAAUCGACAUCAUGAUCGUUCCUCUGUGGGAAGUAUGAGUUCCAUGGAGUCAUGUUCAAUGGGAAUGUCAAUGUCUCAUUCAACAUCACCUAGUCCUGGACAAGAAAGAAUCUCUAGCACAUUGGAGAAUUUAUCGACUGCAGAGAAUAGAGCUUUGAUUAAACGGUUAAUUAUAAAAUGCUCUGAUGUCAACAAUCCUACAAGACCACUAUCUAUUUGUAAAGAAUGGGCAGCCAGAAUAGCUGAAGAGUAUUUUGCUCAGACGGAAGAAGAGAAACGACGUGGUCUACCAAUUGUUAUGCCGAAUUUUGAUAGACAGACAUGUAAUAUUUCUCAAUCACAAAUCUCAUUUAUUGAUUUCUUCUUGAAAGGAAUGUUCUCCGGAUUCGAUUCUGUUUUUCCAAUCCCUGAAUUAAUGAAAAAUUUAGAAGACAAUACAGUCUAUUGGGCAAGUAAUGUUGAAAAGGAAAAGCAACAACAUGAAUCACGCAUUGACACAAAACAAAAUGAAACAGGUCAAAGUUAA